UCACCCCAUCGCAGAGAGUAGCAAGCGAAGGCCGUCCUUCGCAAGAAAGUCUUACCACCGAUCCGCGCAUCCUUCGUCUGCUCCGAUCCGACGUGGGCCAAGAUGUCGUCUCCGAGGAAGAUCACCCUGAAGAGCUCCGACGGCGAGACGUUCGAGGUGGACGAGGCGGUGGCCGUCGAGUCCCAGACGAUCAAGCACAUGAUCGAGGGCGAGGGCGACGGUGCCGAUAUCGCCAUCCCCCUACCCGAUGUCACCAGCAAGAUCCUCGCCAAGGUGAUCGAGUACUGCAAGAAGCACGUCGAGUCCAGAAGCUCCGAGGAUCGCGCCAACAACGAGGAGCUCAAGUCCUGGGACGCCGACUUCAUCAAAGUCGAUCGGGCCACCCUGUACGAUCUCAUCCUGGCUGCAAAGAGUCUGAACAUCAAGAGCUUGUUGGACCUGACAUGCCACACUGCGAUGGACAUGAUCAGGGGCGAGAAUCCCGAGGCGACGGGCAAGAUCCUCGGUAUUGGUAUGUUCCUUCGCUGAGGGAGAAGUGCUAUUUCGGCUUAUUAGGGUGACCUUCAAUAUUAGGGAGAUUAUAACAAUAGACGUUCUUUUCCAGUUAGGAGAUAUUAGUGUUCUUGCAUUUAUCUUUUCUUUUUUGAAGUUCCAAUUUUACAAUUACGCAAUCAAACAAUCCGUUAAUGCCCCGAAUGUGAUAAGUGAAACUACUCGAAGUUUUGCUCGAGAGAAUGCUCCUUUAAGUUCGGCACUCCUCGAUUGGUACCAUUGGCAAGUGGGUCUCGUCAAAAAUUGUUUAUAAUCA